GAGAGAGAGAGAGAGAGAGAGAGAGAGAGGGAGUGUGUGUGUGUGUGUGUGUGAGAGAGAGAGAGAUGAGAUGCUUGGUGCAGCCUCGGUCCCCUUGGAGACUCCGGCAGGAGCGCAACACGUGAUGAGAGAGAGACACCGAGAGAGAGAGAGAAGAGAGAGAGAGAGAGAGCAGAAGAGGACGCGCGGAGAGAGAAGAGAAGGGAAGAGAGGAGAGGAGAGGGGGAAAAAAACCGAAUUAAAGUGCGUUUUCCUCUCCUCCCACCCUGACACAUCUCGGUCUGCUCCUGUGGGGGGACUCAGAAGAAGAGGAGGAGAGAAAACACGGAGUUAAAGAACUUUUUGCACAUCCUCGGGAAACGCCAUUUUGAUUCCUCUCCGGAACAGCUUUGCUUCUUUCCCCCCUUCUCUCUAUCUCUCUCUCUCUUUCCUUAACCCAUCAUCAUCAUCAUCAUCACCACCAUCACCACCACCACUCCCUCAUCAUCAUCAUCAUCAUCAUCAUGUCUCGGCGAAAGCAGCCAAACCCCAACAAAGUCAAACUGUGAGCCGUGGGUGCUGACGCUCGAGGUGCACGGCGGUCCCUCUCCACAGCCUCAUUCGAGGACUGUGAUGGAUAGUUCAGCAGAGGAGAAGAAGAUGGGGGAGGAGGUCAGCUCUGCCAUCGGCACCAUGGAGGCCGAGCAGACGGAGGAGACAGAUCAUUGCGCUGAGAGUCCGAGAAAGUCGGUGGUGAGUGUAGCGGACGCACAGAUCCGAGUGGAGGCAGGGAAAGAGGGAGCGGAUGGAGCAGACCUCUCGUCCAUCACCUCGAUGAUGAGCACUGUGAUGAAAGCAGCUCAGCUGAAUGGAGGGGUGGAGGUUUCCAACAAAACCCCCACCAAGACUUCCAGUAAGAGCCCCAGCGCCAGCCGGUACACCAGGAAGAGUCAGGAUGUCAAGGAUGACACCUCAUCUCUCAUCUGCCCACUGUGUGACAAAAAUUGUCAAACUCAGCACCAGCUUACGAUGCAUAUUCGCCAGCAUAACUCUGAUACUGGAGCUUCAGACCACUCAUGCAGUAUCUGUGGAAAGUGCCUGAGCUCGGCCAGCUCUCUGGACCGCCACAUGUUGGUGCACAGCGGUGAGAGGCCAUACAAAUGCUCUGUGUGCGGCCAGACUUUCACCACCAACGGCAACAUGCACAGGCACAUGAAGAUUCAUGAUAAAGAUCCUUCCCUUUCUAGCCCCACCAGCCCUCCAUCGUCCGGUAAAAGGAAACGCCCUUCUGCUGUUAUUUCCAAGAAGAAACCCAGCCAUAGUGACGAUGGAGAACAAGCUGAUGAGCCAUCCAGUAAAAGGCAGCUUUUAGAAGAUGGUGGAGUGGAUGAUCAGACAGUGGGCAAAGGGCCGGAGGAGCAGCUGCCAUGCCCCAUCUGCUUCAAGACACUCAGCUCCAAAUAUGAACUGGAAACUCAUAUGGAAACCCAUCCUGACACUGCACUCAGGUGUGAGAAUUGUUGCAUCUCAUUUCGCACACAUCGAGGUUUGCUCCGUCAUAAUGCAGUCAUCCAUAAGCAGCUGCCAACUGACCUCAGUGGACGCCCAUUCAUUCAGAACAACCCCUCCAUACCCCUAGGAUUCAAUGACCUGGCUUUCAUUGACUUCUCCUGCCACAAAUUCCCUCACAUUGCCCAGGUUUGGUGUGAAACCAAUCUACGCCGCUGCACCAGCAAGCUUCAUCGCUUUGUGUGUGAGACCUGUGACAAAGCUUUCCCUUUAAAUGUGGCGUUAGACUUGCACAAGUCCACACAUGACACUUCUGAAACCAAGGAAGAGUCUGUUUCCUCUCAGCUUUCCAGUACAGAGUCCCCCAUAUCUGAGAAAAGUAGCUUCAUGGGUUCUCUGGGUUUGCAACACAUCUCUCAGGUCAAACCUGUACCCUCAGAGGAGGAUGCCUUGCAAGCAGAGCUGGACAGUAUCCGUGUAAUCCAUGUGGAGCCAUCAUUGGUCCAAAAGGAUUCUAGCCUUCUUGGUGGGAUUAGCCUGUCUCUGGUGGACCCAUCAUCUCUCCGGGGUCUGUCCCAGCACGAGGCACUCAAACUCCUUUCUUUACAGCCAUUUCAAACUGGUUUUCUUGUCCAGCCAGACGGCGGGAUGGUAGUAAAGCCAGUUUGUGGUGAGACUGGAAUGGAACUGGCUGACAUACAGCAGAUCCUCAAAGUGGCUUCUGCUGCCCCCAACCAGAUCAGCCUCCCUCCCUUGUCCAAGGCACCAUGCAGUGCAGUGCAGUCAAACUGUAAGCAGAUGCCCCCACUCAAGCCAAAGCCUCUGGUGGCUCCCAGGACCAAUAUGACAACCUCCACUCCUCCUCCACUUUUAAGCACCCAGCAGGCAUCACUAGGUUGCAUCAGCCCCAGUCUACCACCACCUGCUGGCCAGUUCCCGAAGGCUGCCAAGGAACUGUCUCCAUCUUCAUCUUCAUCAUCUUCUUCUUGCAACCAGGCUCCUAUUGAAAAAAUGCAAAUGGAAGCUGAUUGCAUGGGUGAUGCCCACACUCCCAUGGACACAGACGACCAACAAAUUAAGCAGGCAGAAGACAAGAUAAGGGAGCCAUCUGGAAAGAAGGGAGCAGGUCGGAAAGGGUCAUACCCGUGCCGAUUUUGUGACCAGGUAUUUGCAUAUUCAGGAGUACUACAGGCGCACAUGCGUUAUCAUCUGGGUAUCUUGCCCCACCAGUGUAAUAUUUGUGACUAUGUUGCUCCUGACAAAGCCACACUGAUUCGUCAUCUGCGCACUCACAGUGGUGAACGACCUUACGUCUGCCGAGUCUGCCAUUACCCAUUCACUGUUAAAGCCAACUGUGAACGCCACCUUCGCAAGAAACACAUGAAGAACACUCGUAAGGAAAUUGAGAAAAAUAUCAAGUAUGUCACCUCAUCCACAUCGAUGUCCGAUGCAUUAGAACAAACUGGCUCAGGUGACACUAUCUGUCGUUUAUGUGGUGAGGACCUUAAGACCUACCGAGCACUACAGAUCCACAUGCGUGUCCACAAUGGCUUCCAGAGAAAGCCAUAUGAGUGUAAACGCUGUGGAGCAGCCUUUCUGGCCAAGCGUAACUGUAUCCACCACCUACUGAAACAGCACCCUGAGAUUAAAGAGCAGGACAUAGAAGAGCAUAUAGCUACCAUCACUGUUGCUCCUUCUCAUGCGAGUCCUAAACCUCCUUCACUCAAUGGAGUGCCACCAAGUGCUUCACUCUGUCCCAUCAAAAUGGAGGAUCUAAGUUUCUAUGCCGCAGAUCAGGACCAACCACUGGACUUCUCAAACAAAAACCGGGGCGGUAACAAUGCUGGAAACUUCAGUGCUUCCCCUAGAAUCAAGAUGGAGUCUGCCACUUACGAUGAUUCCAUGGAGCCCAUUGAUCUCUCUAUUCCCAAGAAUCCAGAUAAAAAGAUGAAGGUAAAUACUGAUGCAGUGUUGCAAAGAGAAGUGAAAAAGGAACAGACAUCCCUUAACAUAAUGGAUCACACACUUGCCCCAGGCCUGCAAAUACAUAGAGCCACUGAUGAAAAACCACAGCAGCUUGGGUGCUACCAGCUUCCCACUGCUUUGACCACCAUCGGUGCAACCAGUGCAGCAGGUCGUGCCUUGCGGCUAAAGCCCCUGCUACCUAAACCGAAUUCUGCUGGUGUGAAGGAGCUCCCACCACUGGCCUCCAUUGCCCAGAUUAUCUCCUCUGUCUCUGGUGCCCCCGACCUCCUGAAACGAGACAACCCCAACGGCUGUCAUGAGUCUGUCUCAGACACCUCAGCUGAGGAGUUUCUCAAAGAGGGAUCCAAAAGGAGAAGCAAUAAAAGGCAAGCCAUCAACACAGCUAAGGAAAAGCCUGCAAUGAAUUCAACAGACCCUAAUAUUGACCUCGAGUCCAGUGGGGAGUUUGCCAGUGUGGAGAAGAUGCUGGCCACCAGUAAUGCCAAUAAAUUUAGCACCUACUUAAAAACCAACAUAAUGGAGCUAGAAAGGAAAGAGGGAGAACAAUCGUGCAAUGGUGACAAGAAAGAAGCAAAAGAUGAAAAACAGAUGCAAACCAAGCAGACCUCACAGCCCCAGCAGUCCAAAGGGAAAAAGAAUGCAUACUCAAACUCUGUGCAAAAAAUGACUUGCCCAUUCUGUCCCAGAGUCUUUCCAUGGGCCAGCUCACUCCAGCGCCACAUGCUGACACACACAGGUCAAAAGCCAUACCCUUGCCCUAAAUGCGAAGCCCUGUUCUCAACCAAGUCCAACUGUGAGCGCCAUCUUUUGCGCAAGCAUGGAGUAACCAAUAGAGUCCUUCGGCAAAAUGGUGCCAUACCUAAAGCCAAGGAGCCAGAGGAAUGCUCGCCAGAGAGCGCAGAGAGCAUGUCAGAAACAGAGCUCACUAGUGGCGAGGCAAUGGAGCUGACAAAUUCUGAAGCUGAAAAGCCAGCUGCGUCGGAUGCUGAGAAACCCUCUCCAGCCAAGCCCACAGAGGCAGCUGCAGUAAAGCCUCUCCUCCACCAGGGGGAGCCAGAACACCAAGAUGUGCAGGAGUCUUUGAAAACAAAAAGCACAGCUAAUGACGAUGAUACCAACAGCAAUAAAAGCCUGGAUCUGAACUUUGCUAGCAAAUUAAUUGACUUUACAUUCUCAGAGGGUGAACAACAGAGGUCCUCUCCUGCUGUAGACAGUGAUUCACAUGAACAGGAAGAGUCCAAGCUGACCUGCAAGAGCUGCAACAAGAGCUUCAGAUACGCUGCCACUCUGGCACGACAUGAAAAAGUUCAUGUUUUAGAAAGUGCAGCCGAUGCCACUAACGUGAACUCCAAAGUGGAUGACGCAGCAGAGUCUUGUGAACUGAAAAAGGAUGAUGUAGAAGACGAGGUGGAGAAAGUGGAGCGAAAUGGGACGGCAGAAAGUGAAGGAGCAGGCAGUACAAUGGACAGUGGCUCUGAGGAGGACAGGGAGGAGAGGAGUGAUGAAGAAGGAGGUGCGACUGAACCAAAGAGCUGUGAAGGGGAGGCUGAAUUGUCUGGGAGCAAAACUGACAAGAGGAAGAAGAUAUGCGGGGUGUGUGGUAAACGCUUCUGGAGCCUUCAGGAUCUGACGAGACACAUGCGCUCUCACACAGGUGAACGGCCCUACAAGUGUCAGACCUGCGAGCGCACAUUCACCCUGAAACACAGCCUGGUCAGGCACCAGCGUAUACACCAGAAACCCCGUGGUGCAGAUGGAGAGAUGGGCAGGGCUGGAGAGGAGGAGGGAUUCAGCGGGGGCUCGGCUAGUGAGAGGGAAUCCACCCCCACCAGCACGAACCCUCCAUCUGAAAACGAGAGUGAAAGCAUGAAGGAGAAAGAGCGUGAGUCUGCCUCCGCCACAAAAAGGGAGUCGGAACUUAAUAAAGAAACGUCUGUCACAGAGAAGGCAGAAACCGUACCAGCUACAGAUACACCCAAAGAGCCUCCAGCAGAGGAACUAGCCUCAGAUUCACCCACAGAGGUGGAGCAUCCAGCCGGAUUUCUGAAAGGCCUGUUGGAGAUCCAUUCCAAGCCUGACAUUGAACGCAUCCUCCCUACCAGUGAGCCUCCUCUCCUUGGGGUGGAGUGAAGGAGUAACUCCAGUGCGAGUGCCAUACAAUAAGUUCUUUUGUACUGCAGAACAUUUUAAACAGCAACAAAAAGACCAUUUACAAGUGCCUUGCUACUUUUUUUGCUAUAUCUUUAUCUACUACCAGAUGAUUUAGUUGAUUUUUAGAGUAUUUUAUAAAAAUCUUUUUUGAAAAUGCCACAUUAAGCAAUAAAUAAAUGAACACUUUAGUAUAAUGAUUUGUAUAUGAUUAAGGGACUGAACAGAGAAUGGACAGAUGAGGCUGCAAACAAGCUGGCACAUGGCUACUGAGACUACUGUGUGACGAUUUGUGCAUACGAGUGUAACUGGAAUAUGUACAACUGCGCUUAUUUUUCAAAAGGCCGGUUCAUGGACUCAAAUCCACCUUUCAGCUUUAGUGAUAGAAAGGCCUCCAGAAUACCUGAAACAGUGAAUUGUAUUCUGGCUUUUGUAUUACAUAACAGAGGGUACAGUGAGUUGCAGAGGCUUCAGUCUGGAAGGCAAGGCUGCAUUAGGGGUAACCCUCUGAUCAAUGUGCGACAACUCUCAGAAUAUAAUAUCUGGGCAAUAUUUGCCUAUAAUAGCAUGAUUUGUUUUCCAGCUACACUGACCAUGUCAGAAUCCUGUUUUAAUCUUUGUUUUUUUUGGAAGAAAGUCAAGGACAGGGUUUUUUUUUUUACUGAGGGAAGCGCAGUGUUUUUUUUUUUGUUUUUUUUUUUUUUUUAAUCUAAAGGGCUCUAGCUCCAGUAUCACCUACAAAACACAAACAGAUCUCAACAGAAAGAGAGUCCUGUGUCCAGGUUAAAUGUCUUCCAAAACCUUUCUACUUCAAGCCUUACUUGUGUUUCUCCAGAGGUUUUAGACAGGCCUCCUGCAUCCAAAUGCUAGUUUUUCUCAUUACUUGAAAGCUGUCACCCUGCUGCCUCCUGUCUGGCUACGGCACCAGUUCCAGGACCAUCAUCCUCCUGAGCAUCUCUCCUAGUAGGAUAUCAGGUCAAUCAUAUGAUCACAUGUGGAGUUGGGUAUUUCUGUACGUUUAACUUUUUUCUCAAAUGUGUAAAGUGUAAACCUCAGUCUCAAAGUGAACCUCAAAGAGCAGCAAAUCGAACUGGUAGAGUAAUUACGGCGUUUUCCAGACUAGUCCUCGCUGACUGGACGACUCCCAUUUACCACAGUCACCUCUGGUGUUUUACAGGAAACAAAAACCAUUUGAAUUUGUGGUGUGAGCGCUAUGAAACAGAGUAUUAAUAAGCGAGCAUUUCUUUAACAGGUGAUGAGCAAUCCGGUAUUGGAUGACGUAUUUCCUCACCACAGUGGCCACUGGCACAAGACUAGUGUUGGAUGAACUUGAAUGAAAAAUGCAAUCUCUUACUCAGUCUGCGUAUUGUAUUCCGAGACUCUGUUUCUCCUAAUGCCUUUUCCUGGGUUGCUAUGUGUGAGUGUGUUGCGUGUGUAUCCACGUGUGUAUAUAUUUUCCUGUUGAGAAUGCACACGGACUGUUUUAAAUGUAUUUAUUGUAGCCCAGUGUGGGUAAAGAAGUAAAAAUAUGGAGAAGCCAUGUAUUAAUUAUGCUGCAGAGAGAAAUGUUUCAGAUUCAAUACUUUAGUAGCCCAGCUGAUCUGGGUCUUUUUUCCCCUAGCAAUAAUCACUAUUGAUCCAAAGGCUUUAUGUAGAUGUUUUUAUGUUUUAUAGACUUUGUGGUCUAUUUUGUCUCUUUUUUGGCUAUAAUUAUUAUCACUAUUAUAUCAGUUUGGAUGAGAUAUGAGUUUGUUUUUUUCUCUUUGAUAUACAAGGCAUAUAAAACUGUGAAAUUUAUUGUUCUUUUGUUGGGUAAAUCUUUAGGGUAGAUUUGCAUGUUAACCUUUUUAUGUUCUAUUAAAUGGGUAUUUUUCUGAUCCUUUCUUCUCACACUGUCUUGCUCUCAGGGUUUUUACAUGAUGCUUAUUUGUAAUAUACUUUCCUGAGUUGCAAAUAUUCUCCCCAACUCUUGAUUUUGGAACAAGUUGAACUGUCAAUCACUACUUCUAGCACUUGACUGUGAAUUAAAACGAGUGGGGUGGAUAUACUGAACCUAUGCACACCCACAUUCCUCUCAUCACUUUGCUUAUUUUCCAUGUAUUUUCUGGUUAUUUGUUUCUUCCUGGUUCCUUCAUGCCCUUUCUCCUUGUUAUAUGGCAGAAACUAGUAAAUGUACAGUCUUCUCCAGUCUUGCCACCUGGCUCUGAUUGAUAUUAAAGGGAGCUUCGCGUCGCUGCUACACACAAAAAAUAAUUCUACUGGACUUGAACGGAACCAGAAUCAUCAAUAGUAUUUUGGUACACUACUCCUGCUCUUCACACGAGUGCUUUGAAAUCAGAAAUUUAAGCUGUUCUGUAUCAAACCUUUAAAGCAAUAAAAUUGUAUUAAUGCAA